AUGAUUUUUUCAAUUCCUUCUGCAUCUUCUAAAAUUCAAGUGCAAGUGCUGUUACUGCAAAAUUGUACCUUCAUUCAACAACUGGUUCAUGCUCAAAAGCCAACAUGCGUAGCUGCUUGUAUCAAUCCCAGAAUGAUUCCGAGCCUGUUUGUUCUGCAAACAACCCUUCAUCAUGUCGUCUUGGCAAAGAAUGAACCUAAAGAGGUGGAAACAGUAGAUCAAUUAAACUCAGAAAAUAUCACGAGUAGUAGUGCCAACAAUAAUGCUCAAACGAGUUCCGGAGGGUGGAAGACUCAAAAUAUUCAUACCGAAUUAUUGUAUAAAUUAAAUCCAAAGAGAAAUAUUGGACAAGCGUUCAAGAAUUUUGGAGCAAAUGAUCAUUCAUCGGAGAAGGCUGUGCUAUGUGUUGCCUGUAAAGAAAAUGAAAAUCCAAAUCUCGAAAACUAUAUAUUUUCGAAUUUUACUACAAAUGGUGACAGUAAUUUGAAAAUAAUUUCGGAUCAAAAGGAAAUUGAUGAAUAUUUGAAGCGUCAUGUAGAUACACAAACCAUUUGUAAAUUAUUUAAUUUCACAAAGGAGGAACUUUCGAAUAAUUUAGAGGAUAAUAUGAUUAUGUAUUUAGCUGUCAGAGAUUUUAAUUGA